AUGCUGCGCGCCCACGUCAGAUAUUUUAAGCCCGGACUAAUCUCCCCGACUCCUGCGUCAAGCUUGAUCUCGUUCCUGCCUCUGCCUCCUGUCUGUCCCACCGUUUCGUGCCUCUUCAUUGCGCUGCUCGGAUUCCCCUUGUCCGAGCCCCCUUCUGAAUUCCAGGGCCUCCAGCUUCCAGGAGCCCUUCAAGGAUCCCGGCUGCCGACAACGCGAGGGAUCCGGUUCAAUGACGGAAUCAUGUCCCAACGCGGGGCGCCGUCCGGACUAUUGAUGUGCGUUCACGAAAGCUGA